AUUACGCUACCUGGUGACGGUUGCUACAACAGCUCGUCCCUUCUCUUUCCCGUUGUACCAGCCUUACCAUUUCUACAACAUUACACGUCACCAUCAAACUUAAGAUAACUAUUACAGUAACAUUACGGCUUCUAAUGGUUUCCGAGUGUUUAUGAAACAUGGCUUUUGUGUCGGACAACCGGAGAGAUACGAAUGGAAGUUACACCUUCUCCAGUCGUCCCAGACCUGUGGAGAACCGCUCCAGAUACAGAGAGCCUCCGUCUGAACAGACUCAGAUUAAUUAUGGGAACAUUAUGUAUGACCGCCGUGUAGUGAGAGGAAACACUUACGCCAAGCACAUCAUACCAACUACGACUCAACAACACCUUGCUGAUCUGCAGAGGCAACAGGAGAUCAGGAGGAGAGCGAUUGCUCGAAAACGAGCCCAGGAGCAGUUCAGACCAAAGACUCCUGAAGCCCUGCAGGGCAGAACACACGUCGAUGUACAAACAGAGCUAUAUCUGGAAGAAUUGAGCAAUGUUACAGUUGCUGCAGAUAUUGAGUGCCAGACUGACGAUUUCCUGGACCGACCGGCAACCCCACUGUUUAUACCAGCCAAGUCUGGCAAAGAUGUUGAGACACAGAUAGAGGAGGGAGAGCUGUUUGACUUUGACAGGGAAGUGCAGCCACUGCUGGAGGUCCUGGUUGGCAAAACAAUUGAGCAGUCUCUGGAAGAAGUGAUGGAGGAGGAGGAGCUGGCCACUCUGAAGGCUCAGCAGAGGGCUUUCCAGGAGCUCAGGAACAACGAGCUGGCUGAGGUGCAGCGGCUCCAGGAGCAGGAGAGACGCCGCAGUCAGGAGAAGGGGCACAGAAUAUCCCAGCAGAGGGAGGCGCUGAAAAAAGAAAGAGAGACUGCAGAGAAGAUUGCCGCCCGCGCUUACACCCAGAAGUACUUGGCUGACCUCUUCCCAUCAGUCUUCACCUCACUGAGGAGCAACGGCUUCUUUUAUGACCCCGUGGAGAAAGAUAUUGAGACCAACUUCCUCCCAUGGCUCAUGGAUGAGGUUAACAACAGAAUGGAUGAGAGACACACGGCGAGAGAGCUGCUGGACUCUAUCAUUUUCGAUGUUGCCCAGAAAAGACUGGAGGUGUUCAGAGAUGUUGAGGCACAGCCAGAAAAAUCCGAGACGUAGAGACAUUUGGAUCCAAAAAAUGCAUACAUUUAUGAAAAAUAAAGUCUGUUUUCACAACCUUA